GAUUGAUGCCAUGCUCAGCAGCCAGCUCCACGAUCUAUGCCGGGCACCGUUUGAGUUCAAGAUGGACCAUCUUUCCUGCUUUUUUCCGGGUGUCCUGGCAUUGGGUGUCCUCACUGGUGCGGCAGAGCAGCCUGAAGAGGAGCUGCAGCUGGCGCAUGAACUGGCAGAGAGCUGCGCGAGAAUGUGGUUGGACUCACCCCGAGGCCUUGCGCCUGAAAGCGUACUUUGGAAUCGAGCGCCUCAGCGCUCCAGUGACUUUCGAGCCACUCCUAGAGAUGGCCACUGCAGUUUGAGACCGGAGGUUGUCGAGUCCUUGUGGUACUUGUAUCUGGCAAGCGGCAACUCCAAAUACCAAGAAUGGGGCUGGGCCAUUUUCCAGGCGAUUGAGGCCUUCGCCCGGUUGGAUUCAGGCUACAGCAGCAUUGAGGACGUCACGGCCGAGGAGCUGCUGCGUCGUGAUGAGAUGCAGACCUUCUUGUUGAGCGAGACCUUCAAGUACUUGUUCUUGCUCUUUGGAGACAAGCAGCCGCUGGACCUCAGCAAGACGGUUCUCAACACUGAGGGCCACCCACUGCCUGUCCUGAGCGGUUGGCCAGCAGGU